AUGUCCGAACCACUUACAGCUGAUUGGAUCUCUCAACACGAUACCACUUCCACUGAUCCAGUGCCUAAUUCCUCGUUCAGCUUAUCCACCUCCAGCUCAUCUUCAUCAACAACGGAUCGGUGGAGACAUCAUUCAUUGCCGAGAUCAUCCGUUGCUGAAAGACGUCAACAAGCUCAUGCUGAAAGAGCACGUCAAUUACAGGAAAUGGAAAGACAAAUCACCGAUGCAGCUACUUGGAGUAAGCGUCGCACCGACUUGUUGACAACAUCUUCGCAGCAACAUAACAACAACAAUGACGCUUUAUUUGUAUUGAGUGAUGACGACGAUGAUAAUGAUACCAAAUCGAAUACCACUAUCUCAUCACCUACAACGAGUCGAAAGAUUGAUUUACGUGAUGCAACAUUGGAAGAUCUCGAAGGACUUAUUGCAGCUUCAGCACAACGAUUAGCGAAUUAUCGAUUGCAAAAGACAACUGAAGUAGCAGCUUCAUUAACAACAACCUCGAGUAAGCGCCAAAGCAUGGAGAGUAUGGACUCUGAGAUACGAUCACCCGGCACAUCAUCAUCCAAGAAAAGCAGUAUCCAUAGCAACAGCAACAAUUUACGACUCUCGUAUUUAUUGGGCAGUAGUGGUGGUGAUGAGGAGGAUGUUAAUCGCAUGAAUAUCGGCGAUUCUUCAUUUGUGGAUGAUCACACAGUGACAAUGGCCGAUUUUGCACCACAACCAAGCACCACGACACCUAGCACAAAAAGAACAGCAAUGGCAUCAGCAUCCUACAAUAGCAUACGCAACAAAUUUGAGUCAGCUGCAACUUCGACGACAUCACAAGAACGCAUUCUUCAAUUCGAUCCAUUGCUAUCAACCAAAACCAAUGGUGACACCGGUGGUGGUGGUGGUACUACAAAAGGAAAGCAAUCAGCAACAACAACCAAUACCAACCUGACAUCAUCAACGCAAUCCAAUCUACGAUCCAUUGCAGAGGCUAGAGAUAAAGAAAGACGACAUGCAUCACGACCACGGCCUGUAGAACUUAAUUUGAAUGAUAUCAAGCGAUCUUCAUCGACCAUGGUGGACUCACCUUUGACACCUACACGCUUACCCACCCCUCGAUCCAAUCAUGCAAGCACGUCAACGGCAUUUUCUCCAAGAUUAGCAUCUCCUGCACAAUCCCACAGCCGUCGUAUUCGGACCUUGUCGACCCUUGAUAAGAGAGAAAAGGAAAUGGUGUCAUGGUUACGUAGCGACUUUGAAAAGAUGAAAUCCACGGCAACCAAUGAUAAGGGAUUGAUCAAGCCAUCCGUUUCGCUCUCUGUCAGCACGAGCAGCCGAAUGCGUAAGAGUCUUCCAGCUACGAAAAAGACGAUGAUGAUGGAGGAUGAUCGUGAUGAUAGUGGUGAUGGUGAUGUGGAAGAUCAACCAAAGCGUCGACCUAUACGCACUCGUACCAUUAGCACGACAUCGAUUGGCGGUGGUACAGGGAGAUUGCAUCGAGAUCUUGCAAGGAAGAAUAUGAAACUCUUGGCAGACUUUGAUCCAUUAUUGGUGGAUGACAAGAAAAAGAAAGCAACGUCUCAGCAACGUCGACAACAUUUACUUGAUAAUGACGAUGACAAUGAUACUUGGGGUGAAGCGGAUGAGGAAGGGCCCACGUUAAAAAGACGACAGCAACCUCGAUCACGUGUGAUUUCCAUGACGACCUUGGAGAGAUCAUCCUUGUCAACCAGCACCCGAAAGGCGAUUGGUACUAGCAAAACGACGACGACGACGACCCAGCAUAAGAAUAGUAGCAAUGUCAUGCCACAAGAAUCACAAUCCAUGUCAGUUCGACCCGCCUCAGGGAGAAAAAGGGGAAAGACACUUCCUGGAGAUUUGGCGUCGCCUCCUGCGAUGGCCCCACUGGCACUGCCACCUAUGAGACUGGAACCGUAUGGUGGACUUUCUUCAGAUGAAACGACCACGACCACUUCCUCUGUGAAACAACAACAAGCAUCCACUCGCUCAGCAAAGACACCCACUCGCAUUCCACUUCCUGUUUCGAGAACCUCUCGUCAAUCCUUACGUGCAGUCGACAAUUACAGUGAAGAUGAGCUGCUCCAUUUGUCUGAAUCGGAGAAGGAUCGCACAGCAACCAAGCAAAAAAAGGCCAAGGCAACAGAUACCACCACAACCGCCAGCAAUGGCCAAGUAACCACAGGUGGUGCAAAGAUUGGUCCUACCACCACUGUUUACUCUGGCUCCAUGAUUGUAUCGAACAGCUCAGGCACACGACUUGGCCGAUCAUCUGACAAGCCCACACAAAGCAUAUCGAUUCGUACAAGAUCCACCAAAGCGACACCAACCACGAGUUCCCCUCGACCCAACAAGAUGCCAUCGACAACGACAUCCGAGAAUGGUAUCAUGAAUAAUACAACCCGUCAACGUAAAGUCAGCACUUUGUCGACAUCAGCAUCAGCAUCCCAUGUCUCAAAGGCAUCAACAUCAUCAUCACAUGGAGCCCAUGGUCUCAUUAGCCCUCCCGAAUCCAUCAAAGGAAAUCAUCCUUCUACCAGUCAUACUACAGGAUAUCAUACGCUACCUUCUCGUCGGAAGCCUACGCUAUUGCAUGAGCAUUUACAAGGCCUUGUGGAUGAUUCAACUCAGCAUACCAACACGGCUUGGAGCUCAUUGGUGGAACAUGAGAAAAAGCUCAACAACAAAAGAGUCCCUGUUUUACGUGGUGGAAGUGCAAGCACCUCUACAAAGGAUAGCGUACCUGACAAGACAACUUCAAGUCGUGCAGCAAUGAGUUCUCAAGCUGCUUUGAAAUUAUAUCAUUCAUGCUUGUCUUCGUAUGAAAAGAAGGAGAUCCUCGAUUAUUCGCAAGUGUACUUUGUUGGCAAUCAUGCACAAAAACGUUUGGCUACCAAGGAGCACACCACUUGCAACUAUGGCUAUGAUGAUGAUCGUGGCGACUACCAUAUUGUCUUGCGAGAUCAUUUGGCUUAUCGAUACGAAGUACUGGAGGUGCUAGGCAAAGGAUCAUUUGGCCAAGUCCUUAAAUGCUUUGAUCACAAGGAGGGGAAAAUGACAGCUGUCAAGAUUAUUCGCAACAAGAAACGAUUCCAUGCACAAGCGCUUGUCGAAGUGAAAAUAUUGAAAGAUCUCAUCGAAUGGGAUCCAGAAGAUAAACACAACAACGUGCGGAUGCUCGACCACUUUAAUUUCAGGAGCCAUUUGUGUAUCGCUUUCGAAUGCCUCAGCAUAAACUUGUACGAUUUUAUAAAGAGCAACAACUUUCAAGGUUUCAGCAUGGGAUUGAUUCGGAGGUUUACUAUCCAGCUUCUCAACUCGCUCGUUUUACUGCGGAAGCACAAGUUGAUUCAUUGUGAUUUGAAACCUGAGAACGUACUUCUCAAGCACCCUACCAAAAGCUCGAUUAAAGUAAUUGAUUUCGGCAGCUCAUGUCUUGAGAGCGAAAAAGUAUAUACCUAUAUCCAAAGCCGUUUUUAUCGGUCGCCGGAAGUGAUUAUGGGCAUGGAAUACAGCAUGGCAAUCGACAUGUGGAGCGUUGGAUGUAUAUUGGCCGAGUUAUAUACAGGAUACCCCCUCUUUCCAGGAGAGAAUGAACAAGAGCAAUUCGCAUGUAUUAUGGAGAUACAAGGAGUACCUGAAAAGCACCUAAUUGAAAAGGCCACACGUCGAAAGGUCUUCUUUGAUUCAAAUGGCUUGCCACGCAUUAGUCCUAAUUCCAAGGGACGUAAACGACGACCUGGUACCAAACCACUAAGCCAAGCGCUCAAAUCAACAGAUGACAACUUUAUUGACUUUGUUAAUCGGUGUCUACAAUGGGAUCCUGAACGGCGGAUGACACCAGAAGAUGCUUUCAACCAUGCAUGGAUUGCACGAUCAUCAUCGUCAUCAAAAAAGCAACAUCGAUCAUGA